CCUGUGAAGAGGUCCUGUCUGUCGCUACCCGGUCUGACAGCCUCCUCUCAGCAGAGAACACCGGAGAACGUCGCUUCGCCCGCCUGUCCGGGGCGGUUCGGACCGGAUCCGCUCCAGUCGAACCUCCGCGCGUGAGGCAGGAGAGGACAGGCGCGUGACCCGCCUGGCGAAGCGUGCUGCCGAAAUCCGUGAACCCGCCCCAGCUGCUGCAGACCGCGCGAAAAUGUCGUCACUUCCGGUGCGAUGAAGUGUUGGCGCGGCGGUGGUAAACAACAGGAGGACGUGCUGUAGAGGAGCCACUCAGACCACUGCAGGAUGGACCGCACCUGUGCUCCCCCGGGAGCCAGCGAGGACUCUGUGGACAUCUACGACGGGCUGGACGUGGGCGUGAGCGGCUGUGCAGGUGAAGCCUCCCGGCCUGGGUCGAGCGUUCCGCUCCCAGCCGGGACGUCAUGUGACCGUGUGCUUCCAGAGUCGCCUCGAGUCGCCGCUCGCCUCCGAGAGUCCAUGGACCUGUACGAGGAGCUGGUGACCGAGGAGGAGCGCUGCAAGGAGGCGUCGUACGCCGAGUUGAAAUCCAGAUUUGAAGCAGCUCAGAGCCAAAUUGAGGAGCUGAGAGCGAGGCUGGAGCAGAUGGAGACCCAGAACUCGGGUCUGACCAGUGAGAACUGCUGCCUGAAGAAGAACCUCUCGUCUCUUCUUCAAACGGCCCGACAGGAAGUGAAGAGGAAAGACGCGGAGAUCUUGAGGCUGUCUCAACGGUCACAGAAGUCCCACUACCAUCCACAGCCUCGCUUCAGUCUGCAGGAUCCACAUCAGUCUCAGCGCGCCUCCACAGUCACCUCCUCCAGUAAACCACCUCCUCCACCCCCUGGCCCCGCCCCCGCGGCUCCGCCUCUGCCACCGCGUCCUCCCGGGGAUCCGGCUCAGACCUGCAGGAGGGAAGGCACCGAGACGACCGGAGCGCCGAAGCCGUCGUCUCACGCUCCGCCCAGAAGAGACUGUGAAGCGGCCGACAGACUGACGCCCCGGUGCCGAGAGGACAAGCAGAGUGAAAAAGACUCGGAGACACCCGCCAGGAGACCCCGAGGCGCCUCGGAGAGGCCGGGCCCGGCCUCCGAGCAGAUCCGAUCCCACCGAGCCGAAGGGCGACGGCAAGGCGAAGUCUCAGACGGAGAGACGAAAACCUCGUCUCCAGACGCCUCGCACAGAUCUCAGUCCGAUAAGAAAGCCAGCAGCAGCAGCAGAGAGCGAAGGCACGAUAAAUCCAGAUCGGAGUCUGACCGCGGAGCGCCGCGAGGCUCUAAAGACGUCCACAGCCGAGAGCGAGAAGAGAGGACGAGCAGGACGGGCGACAAGCACAGGAGAGGGAGUCGCCACGCCGAGCGCCACAGCGAUCCCGCCAAGGAGCGCAAAGAUCCCCGAGACAGGAACCACCAGAGGAGGGAGGACCGGCGGCGGGAAGACGACGGCCAGCAGCGGCCGAAGCUCGACAGUCAGACAGAGAGCGGGCGAGAACGAGACAAACGACGGAACAAAGAGGACAAACGAGAAAAGACGGUGAAAACAUUCCCCAGAGAGUCAGCUGAUGGGAGGAAACCCGGCGGCGAGGAAAACAGCCCCAGCAGGAAGCUGUGCUUCAUGGAGACGCUGAAUUUAACGCUCUCCCCCAUCAAGAAGCCAGCGCCGGCCAGCGGCGGCGGCCAGGAGGCAGAGGGGGGACGGACGCCAGACGGGGACGGAGACCCGCCCCGGCUGGAGGACAUGUGCGUCAUUGAUGAAGCCGACGUCAGCGAGUCGGAAGCAGGACUCGCCGAGGCUUCGAAUUCAGCUCUGAACGGACAGGAGGGGGGGCUCGGUCCCCGGCGGUCCCCGGACACAGCAGAACCUGAAGUCCCUGUGCUCCCAGGACCAGAACCACAGGACAGCCCCUCCUGCCAGGGGGGGCGGGGUUUGCAGCACCACCAGGACCAGGUCCGGACGGACUCUGAGAGCCGGGCAGAUGGCGCCGAAUCGGAGGACGGAGACCCCACGGAGUCUGGACAGCGCACCAGCAGGAAGCUCCAGUCAGCUGACUGCGGGGAAAGCAGCGGUCCGCCUGCUGCUGUGGAGGACCCGAUGGUUCUCCGUCCAGGACCGGUUCCUCAGAGCUCCUCCCAGGAUUCGCCCAGACAGCUCGCCGUUCCUCCACCGCCAGCAGAGGGCAGCGCCGCCGAAGACACGAGCCUCAGGACCAGUCCUGACCAGGAAGCUCGUUCUCCUGCCCCCCCUCAGGACUCCCCACAGAAACCAUGUCCUCCUCCUGCCCCCCCUCAGGACUCUCCACAGAAACCAUGUCCUCCUCCUGUCCCCCCUCAGGACUCUCCACAGAAACCAUGUCCUCCUCCUGUCCCCCCUCAGGACUCUCCACAGAAACCAUGUCCUCCUCCUGUCCCCCCUCAGGACUCUCCAGUGGAACCACGUCCUCCUCCUGUCCCCCCUCAGGACGCUCCAGAGGAACCACGUCCUCCUCCUGUCCCCCCUCAGGACUCUCCACAGAAACCAUGUCCUCCUCCUGUCCCCCCUCAGGACGCUCCAGAGGAACCACGUCCUCCUCCUGUCCCCCCUCAGGACGCUCCACAGAAACCAUGUCCUCCUCCUGUCCCCCCUCAGGAUGCUCCACAGAAACCAUGUCCUCCUCCUGUCCCCCCUCAGGACGCUCCACAGAAACCAUGUCCUCCUCCUGUCCCCCCUCAGGAUGCUCCACAGAAACCAUGUCCUCCUCCUGUCCCCCCUCAGGACGCUCCACAGGAACCUCAUCCCCCUGCUCUAGAGGACCAAAGCAGUAAUCGACUGGACUCCUCCCAGAAUGCCGCUGCUGUCCCCGGUACUCUCAGCCUGGACUCACUCCCACAGGACGGACUGAGUUUAAGCGAGGCCAUCUUGGCUCUGGCUCAGGAAGACUCCGGUGAGAGUCCAGCAGAGCCCGGCUCCUCCGCCGGACGUGUCGGACCGCCCAGAGGCGUCGGCGUCUCCGAGGAGAAGCUGCCGGAGAGGCUCAGUCGCCUCAACGUCACACCCAAGAAGAGCUUCAGUCCCGGGAAGAGACAGGAGGCGUCCGGCUCCGGGCCCUUCCUCCACGACGAGGACUCCAUGAUGCGCACGCUCAACGGUCUGAAGAGGAUCCCGGACGCCAUCAGCCCGCUCCGGAGCCCCGUGCACGGCGCCAAGAGGACCCUGUCCCACCUGCAUGGCAAGCCGGGACACGUGAAGAGCCUUCAGAAAGAAUUCUCCGGUCCGCCUCUCGAUGCCAGCUCGAAGAAGUUGGAUGUAAACAAAGAGAACAAGUAUCCCGGUUCUCCAGCUAACCGUGACGCGCCGAACCUGCCGGAUAAGGCGUCGGACCCGUCGUCGGGCCUCUCGGACACUGAGCUGGAGGAAGGAGAAAUUGUGAGUGAGCCUGACGAAGCGCCAGCCGGUUCUCCAGCUCCUGCAGCCAAGAGGGCGAAGUUAGCCCCGCCAGUGAAGAGUAAAGCCAGUCCUAAGUCUGUUCUGAAGAGGACACGAGAUGAGCGUGCUUCUAAGGAGAGCCGUGACACAGCGGCUGGCUCAACACCAAGUCCGAAGAGUCGAUUUAAAACGGUUCGGCCCGCAGCUACCAAGGCUUCCUUUUCCACCAUCGACGACAUCAUGGAAACAUUCAAGCUGGUUCGAACCGAGAUCCGGAAAAAGUACAUGAAACUGCAUAAAACCUUUCCCAAGAAGAGCUUCUAUGGCGUGAUGGACAACUUCCAGGAGUCCUUCGUGGACUUUGUAGACGGCGCUCAGUUUGGGGCGAUCUGCAGUCAUUCGGCAGACCUGAAGUCAAAGCUCAAGAAACUGAUCACGUCUGUGUUCAGCAAAGUGUCGAACAACGGCAUCGUGAAACGCAUCUUUGAACAGCAGGCAGUGGAUAUGAAGCAGAAGCUGUGGGACUUUGUGGACGCUCAGGUCAACUACCUGUUCCGGGAGAUCGAUGCGACGCUUCAGGGCCUCUGCAGGCCGAGUCAGAGCAACGACAAGAGGCCAGGCAGGCAGGAUAAACCUCCACGGUCUCCAACCAGGAAGCCUCACUGUCAGCAGACGGAAGCACCGUGUGCUGCCUUCAGCCUGAACCCCGCCAGGCCCUGCACGUACAAGAAAGGUCUGGGGAGCCGAGGGAAAGACAUCAGAAUCACAGAAAGAGAAGGGAAGGCUGAAUCGAAUCCUCCAAAUGAUGCAGCUGAGUUUUUACCUCCUAAAAAGCUCUCGACUCCUGAGAAGAGCAGGUCUGUAGCGGUCUCUCAGAACGGCCUGCUGGUUGAUAAAACCGACUUCCAGCUGCUCACAGAACAACAAGCCUCCAGUUUAACCUUCAACCUGGUGAGGGAUUCUCAAAUGGGAGAGAUCUUCAAGUGCCUCCUGCAAGGCUCCGACCUUUUGGAAAGCGGUGGAGACAACGGUGCCUGGACCCUCGCCUCUCCCAGGAAGGAUGGGGAGCGAUUCGUUAGCGUCGCCACGCCAACGAAGUUUGAUUCCCCAUCAAAACUGUUUUCCCCAACCAAACUAGACACUCCCACCAAGCUUGUUGCGGCAUGGGCGAGCAUUUCGCCUCGCAGGCUGUCUUCGCCACGCCUGAAAGACCCAGUCCAUCUGAACCCGGCUUUGUUUGAUGAGAGCUGCAUGCUGGAGCUUCCCUCGGACACUGCGGUCCAGCCACAGAAGUCCUUCUCCAUUCUGACGGAAGACCUAGCCGUGUCUCUCACCAUUCCCUCGCCUCUCAAAUCCGACAGUCACCUCAGCUUCCUGCAGCCGUCCGGCGCCGGCAUGCACCUCGUGUCCACGCCGGACAGCGUCAUCAGCGCACACAUCAGCGAGGACGCCCUGAUGGACGGAGAGGACGCUACGGAGCAGGACAUUCACCUCGCGCUGGACACCGAUAACUCCAGCUGCGACCCCAGCAGCAGCAGCGGAGCCUCGUCGCCGCUCGCCACCCCCUUCGUCUUCAAUCCCGACAAACCCAUGCAGGCGCUGGUGAUGGAGAAGUCCAACGACCACUUCAUCGUCAAGAUCCGGCAGGCCAAUGGAGGUAUCCCUCAGACCGACGAGGACAGUCUGGACCGAACCAUCACGGAAGAGGCACAACACGAGGAGCAAGACGUGACGGCUCUGGAAAGCCGAGAACACCAGGAGCAUGAUGGGACGGCUCUGGAAAGUCAAAGACACCAGGAGCGUGAUGGGAUGGCUCUGGAAAGCCGAGAACACCAGGAGCAUGAUGGGACGGCUCUGGAAAGCCGAGAACACCAGGAGCAUGAUGGGACGGCUCUGGAAAGCCGAGAACACCAGGAGCAUGAUGGGACGGCUCUGGAAAGCCAAGAACACAAGGAGCAUGAUGGGAUGGCUCUGGAAAGUCAAAGACACCAGGAGCAUGAUGGGACGGCUCUGGAAAGUCAAACAAACACAGGAGUUAUUGAAAGGUCUCAUGAAGAUUCCUGUUCCGGCAGUACUGUGCCUUCAGAGCCGAGUAUUUCUAACUUCCCUGAACGCUCUGCGAACAGUCAGACUACAGCCAAGCUGAAUGCCACCCUCACACACAAGGAGAGAAGGAAACUCAUGAAAGAAACUAUUCAUAAAAGAGAGAGAUCGUCUCAGAGCUCCUCCAGGAAUUGUUCUCCUGAUCCGUCUGUGGCAAAGCUGCCUGACGGGGGUUUAGAUGACAGUUUGGACACGAGCCGUCAAAACUCUGACUGCACAGUCAUUGCUGAAGAGAGUCGAGAAGGUCUUGGAAGAGAGGACAUACCUCCAGAAUGUCCCUCAGAGGUUCUCUCAGACGAGCCUCAGAAGACAGUCGGUUCAUCCACAGGAUCGGGUCCGGAUGUGCAGAAUCACCUCCGAGACUCCGACUGUGAUCAACAGGUUCAGACUGGAGCGUCGCUCACUUCAGACCCCAAGAGAGACGAGACGGACGUAUCCGAGUCCGAGAGGUGUCUCGCCAUCGCAGAGGACUCCAGCAGCUCACCACAAAAACCACAGACGAAUCACAACAAAAGCAGGAAGCGCAAGAAGCACCAGAAGAAAUCAAAGGCAAAGAGGUCCAAAGACGAGGAGAGCAGGAAGGACAAGGAGUCCCCGUCCUCGCUGGCGUCUCUGUCCCCCAACAGCCUCUCUGCCAAGAACGUGGUCCGGAAGAAGGGCGAGGUGGUGAUCGCCUGGACCAGAGAUGAAGAUCGAGCUAUUCUGAUCGCCCUGAAGACGGAAGGAGCUUCACGCGAGACUUUCUCUGCUCUGUCCGAGAGACUCCACAAACCCUCCGAGCAGGUCGCACACAGGUUUCACCAGCUGAUGAAGCUUUUUAGGAAGAUGGACUCUUGAUCUGGUCCCACUCCAACAGGGCUGAGCACAUCCUGCAGAAGAAGGAACGAGCAUGGGGGUCCAGGGUCCAGGGUCCCUGACAGGAGGGGUCCAGGGUCCCUGACAGGAGGGGUCCAGGGUCCCUGACAGGAGGGGUCCAGGGUCCCUGACAGGAGGGGUCCAGGGUCCCUCCUUGUGAUGGUCCACUGAGUUCAGGAGCCAUGAAGACCUGUCGUCAGCAGAAAUAUAGAGACUUUGGUCAAAUUUCAUUUUCCUCUCACUGCAUGAAAGGAAGAACUGCUCUGGAACCAGGUCCCCCCCCCACCCCCCAUCCUGAACCAGUCCCCCCUGGAACCAGGGCAGUCAACAAUAGCAUCGAGCCUUAAAACCAGAACCAGGUUUUUCUCGGUUUUUAAGACUGGACCGUUGACGACGGCGGCCGAGGAAACGUCAGCUCGCUGAUCACGAUCAGCUUCAUUCCUCGUCACUCGGACGUUGGCUGGAAGUCUUCCUCCUGUCGACCACUUCAUGUAUUGAACAGGUUUUCACCCGGGACUGACUUUCAGGAAAAGGAGUCUGGGGGCCAGAAUUUACCGCUGCCGCAUUCAGAGUAAUAAAGUAUUUAUUUUGAAGGUGAGGCCGCAGCGCAGUGUUUCUGCUUCCUCACAUCAGCCGCCUCAGAUUAUUUGAACAAACCUCACAGGAUAAUAAAUGCGAUCUUCGCUUUGCGGGCCGUGAUCGAUAAGUCCUGAAUGAAGCGAAGACUUCCUGCUGAGGAGGUUUUCCAGCUGCUGCUCUCUGGAGAAGACUUGACCUCGGCUCCUUCAUUCUGCGUGAUGUCUUGAAUUUGAUGAUGGUUGUUUGUGUGUUAAUUCCACGUGAAGGUUGUGAAAAUGUUUAGAAUUCUCUUCUUUUAUUAUAACGGAGCUUUUUAAAAAUCAGUUUGACUUAUCACCUCUGGAUUGUUUUGAAGUUGUGAAUAUUGUAAAUAGUUCUUUACUGAAAAUAAA